CCGGGCUUGAAAUUAAAAACAGCUGAUUGGGAAGAUCCGGCGGAGAAAAAUGAUUUUUACUACUGCAAAACAAUUUUCUUUUACAUUUACUUACCACUUUCCUGAAAUCGAAAUUGUUCAAGAAUGACUCAACCUAAGAAGGAUAAAUGGUUGCUACCAUCGUUUGACUUUACGCCUUCUAAAACUCCAAUAAAAUUGAAGCGAUCUGCUACAAUGACAAUAAAAACCUCAGAAAGCCCGCCAAAGAAAAGCUUGGUAAGAAAAUAUUCUAGUGAAAGCCUCAUUAAGAAGGAAAAUAUUAGCAGCUUGUCGGAAUUAUUGUUUGCUUGUGAUCCAAAAAGUUCUUUGGAUUUAUCAGUCAGCAGACAAAAACAGCAAGAGAUUUCUGCUUGGUUAAAAGGCAAGACUCAAAGAGGGAAACCAAAUAUUUUAAUUAUCUCGGGUCCUUCUGGCUGUGGAAAAACAGUGGCGCUUAAAGUGCUUGCAGAAGAACAUGCUUUUAAUGUAACAGAAUGGAUAACACCGGUAGAUCAACUUAUGGACGAAAAUAACAGGAUAAUGAGGCAAGGGGACAAAUUUGAAGAGUUUUUGAUAAGAGCAACUCGGUAUAAUUCUGUGUUGAGUAACAUUUCCAGACGACUGCUAAUAGUCAAAGAAUUGCCUAAUGUUUUCGUAGACGAGAAAAAUGGAUUCUAUUCUGUUCUGGAAAAAUAUAUUGAGUAUGGAAGAGAACCGCUCGUAUUCGUUCACACAGAAACUGGAAACUCAAGAUUAAUGCAGACGCUUUUUGCAACAAAUAUCAGAGAGCGUUUUGCUAUCGAGGUCAUCAAUAUAAACUCAACUACCCAGGCAGCAAUGAAAAAGAUGUUGGAGCGGGUGGCAAAGAUUCUUAAUGCAAAAGCUAGUCAUUUUCUAAAUGUUACACAAGACAAGGUAAACGAAGUGUUGUCUAAUAACAUUGGUGAUGUUAGGAGUGCUGUUUUGAAUCUCGUUUUUUCUUCGCUCAAGGUGCCUGAUAAUCUUGCAAAAAGCGAAUGCGAAGGACGAGAAGAAACUUUGAGUCUUCUGCAUGGAGUUGGGAGAGUCAUUAAUCCAAAAAGAAUUGCUGAAGGGAAGUCUUGGAAGUUUGUCCAUGAUCCAGAUGAUAUCGCAUCAUUUUUCCAAUCUCAAGCCACGAAUUUCGUGCACUUUCUUCAUGCAAAUUAUUUAAACACAAUUAGAGAAAUUGACCGAGCUGAAAUAAGCGCAGAUAUUUUGAGUUUAGCUGAUGUGUUAACUUCUGAAUGGAGAGAUCCUAAUUUGGGAAAAGUCACAUUAUCGUUUUGUGUCAGAGGAUUAAUGGUCGCUAAUGAUAAUCCAGUUAGUGGUUGGAAUCCAGUUAAAAAGCCCCAAAGCAGUUCUGUAAAAGUAGACAGAAAUUUAGCGUCAGCAGAAGUUCGGUGGUAUAAGUCGCUCAUCAAACCAGAUUCAAAAAAGGCUGAUGAAACAGAAAAGCAAAAUAAUUUCACUGAUGAGAAGUCUAUUAUUGAGGAUGCUGACUGACAGUAUCCUAAGCUAAAUGAUUGUCUUUUGAAAAAUAUGUUUUACAAGUCUUUACUUAUUCUUAUGUUAAAUAUAAUUUAAUCUAAAAUUUGUAUAAGAUAAA